GCCACCAGGCUGAAGACCUGGAUUAUCUGAUCUGUACUGAAAGUGUGCCGUUACUGUUUGGGAAAAAUAUCAUUUUACAGUGAAAAGUGACAGCGUUGUGGAGUUUAAUCCUGCCAGAAUCUCAAGCCUGCAACUUGAAACUUGUAUGCCAUGGAACACACACUGUUUGGCUGCCUGCGCAGCCCCCAUGCCACCUCUCAGGGCUUACACCCCUUUGCCCAGUCUUCUCUUGCCCUCCAUGGAAGAUCCGACCACAUGUCCUAUCCUGAUUUAUCCUCUUCUUCGUCCUCUUGCAUAUUAACUGGCUAUCCCAAUGAGGAGGGCAUGUUUGGGAGCCAGCAUCACAGAGGACAUCAUCACCAUCAUCACCAUCAUCAUCAUCACCAGCAACAACAGCACCAGACCUUGCAAUCAAAUUGGCACAUUCCUCAGAUGUCAUCUCCUCCUGCCUCCACCAGACAUAGCCUUUGCCUUCAGCAGGAAUCUGGACCUCCAGAUCUAAGUGGCAGCCCCUCUAUUUUGUGUUCAAACACAUCCAGCCUGGGCACUAACAGCUCAACGGGUGCAGCUUGUGUGACAGGGGACUAUGGCAGACAGACCCUCUCCCCGGCAGAAGCAGAAAAGAGGACUGGCAAAAGAAAAAGUGACAGUUCAGAUUCCCAGGAAGGAAGCUACAAGUCAGAUGUGAACAGUAAACCUCGGAAGGAAAGAACAGCAUUUACAAAAGAACAAAUCAGAGAGCUAGAGGCUGAAUUUGCCCACCACAACUACCUGACGAGAUUGAGAAGAUAUGAGAUAGCAGUGAACUUGGAUCUUACAGAAAGACAGGUUAAAGUUUGGUUCCAAAACCGAAGAAUGAAAUGGAAGCGAGUAAAAGGGGGCCAACAAGGAGCUGCCGCUAGAGAAAAGGAACUGGGGAAUGUAAAAAAAGGAACUCUUCUACCUUCCGAGCUUUCUGGGAUCAGAUCAAGUAGCCUUCAGCAUACAGCUGACUCAUUAACCAAUGAUGAUAGCCACGAUAGUGAUCAAAGCUCUGAACAUGCACAUUUGUGAUUCCAAAAAAAUAAAAGACUUUCAAGCAGUUUUGUUCUCAGGAAGAAAUUGCUACAUGGCAAGACUUAUACAAACAAUGUCUAUGUACACAGAUAUUCUGGUGAACUAAUCUGUUUGUAUUUUUCUUUUUGAAGAGUUUACUUAAAUACCACACUAAUGUCUUAAAACAUGACACUAAUGUCUUAAAAGAUUAUGAAGAAGGAAAACUGGUUUGGAACAUUCCAAUACAUAAAUGAUUACAAAGCUGAUGACUAUGGGCAGGUAUACUUGCUUUAGCUUGCACUGACGUUUACUCAGAAAACAGUUUACUUAAUACAAAGAUAGUUUUCAGUUUCAAAAAGGCAGUGACAAAAAUCCGCUAUUUUAUAAGCAAAACUAAAACCAACAAAAAAAAAAUCGAUUUUAGCUCUGUAAAUAUUCAUACCGCAGUAUCACUACGUUUACUACUUUUGCAAUGCAUUCAUGUAUGAAGUAAGCAUUGAACCAAAAAAGACAAUGAUUUGCAAUAUGAUUUGUAUUCUUCUCUGUUUAACAACAUCCUGCACAUAAAGUUCAGCCUGGAAAUAUUUAUAUUAUUAAAUUUGCUUCCUCAAG